ACUGCCCCCAGGGAAUGGGGCUCCCAGCUCCCCAGGGGGCGGCAACGCCGCCCCUUAGACAAAGUCCCAGUCUCCCAGAGGCUUUCACCAGCGGGCCCCACUGCUACUGCUGCUGGUGCUGCUGGGCGUGAUAAGCCAUCUCGGCCAGGGCCAGGCUGAGCCAGAGGACAUCAGCAUUAGGGGUGACAAGGGGUCAGGGAACCAGAGUGGCAGGAGACCAGGAUGCUUGCAGAAUCCCUGAUUCAGGUUUAGGACAAAAGUCUGUGAGAGAAGACCUCUGCCUGGCUGAAGGAGGACUGAGGGCAAGGCUCAAACAAAACUUGGGGUCAGAGUCCCCUCAUCGCUGAAGUGCCUUGUGAAACAAGCCCAGAGGAACCCUCAUUGGUCCUAUGGGCUGUGUCUUCCUCCCCAGCCCACCCAGAUAACUGCUACUGCCCCUCAGCUCCCAAAAGGCAGCUCUGAUUCUCCAUCUCCAUACAUCCCUCAUCAAUGGCUGACUGCAAAGAAUUAAGAGGCCAAGUUUAGACCCAAGUUCCUGCCUGAACACCGAGAGAGCCUGGUGCUACAGGGCUGGGUGUCUCCUUGGCCUGCCACCAACAGCUGCACCAACGCCAGGCUAGAGGCACACUCUGCUCACAGACGGCCUUGAUUUCUCACCCAAGUCUAGCCUCAGAGAUACUGGUCCUGACUCUGCCAGGUCUCUAAUCUCUGGUCUUGUCCCCCCAGGCCCUUCCAGAUUCGAGGCAAUGUUGCCUCCAAACAAGGACCAGGUGCUGCUACAGAACACAGCGCCCCCUGGGCACCCCCCUCAGGGCCCCUCACAACUUGUGGACUCCCCUCCACGAAACCUGCAGCCUCUGCCUCCCCAGCAGUCACUCCCUCCCUCUCACCCACCUUGCUCCCCUCCCCCUCAGUCCCACUCUCCUGGCUCCCAUUUCUACUCUUCUGACUCAAAUUCUGACUUUGUCCUACAUCCCUACUCUUCCUCUCUCCCAAGGUCCCCAGCUUUCUUUCAUCGGAAUUACCCUUCUCUCUCCCUUUCACCUUCCUCCUCUCCCUCCCCUCAGCUAUAUCCCUAUCCUACUCUUACUCACUCCUCCUCUCCCUCUCAGCCGCAGAACUCCUUUCUCUCCCACUCACGUUGCCAGUCUCCUUCCCACCCAGAAGACCUACCUAGCCCCAGCCAACCCUCUUGUGGGGUCCACUCUAACAGGCAGACAUGGUACUGGCAUCAAUACAGGGACACUGGGUCCCCUGGGGUAGUGAUGGGAUGCGUGGCAAGCGAGAGGGACCCUGCAGAGUUCAGGGACCCAGGAGCCCUGGCCCAGGCCCUGGUGGUACAUCUGGGGCACCGCCGCAUCGCACACGACCUGCGGCUACUGCUUUUGCAGCGCCUGUGGCUCGGCAAAACUGGCCAGGCCCCAGUGGUGGAGUAUCCUAUAUGCCUGGUGUGUCUCCGGCCCCGGAGCCCCUCUUGCCCUAUCCCCAGGUACAGGACUGGACCCCGGCUGCUUGCCUUCCCCCAACUACUGCCCUGUGCACAGGGCCAGGAAUCCGAACCAUUUCGCAUAGGCAUUGGCUUUGGCCUCCGCCUGCCGCGGGGCCAGGCCAGGGCCUUGCAUCUGUUGCCAGAAAGAAGGCCAGAGGAAGUAGGGCCUCAGGGCGAGGCUGCUCAUGCCCAUGGGUGUCAAACCUGGGCAUCUCAGGCCCCAGCAGCUCUAGCCCCAGGGGCUCGAACCCCAGCGGCUCAGGCCCGGGCAGAUCCAGCCCAAGGCAUACCCUCCCAGACUGGGAGCCUCAGGUCUGCAGGACUUCAAUCACCAAACUCCACACCUUGUUCAGGGCCUCCACCUCAGGCACCAAAACAGGCCACUGUCUCCCUGAAGCCUAGGCCUUCCUCUACCCCAAAGAGGCCUGCCUCUCCAGAGCCCAUUCUCCAAAUAUCAUCACCCCAGUUCCAGAGCCACGGAGGCCCCCGGGAGCACCUCCUCCAAACCCCACGGUCCCCGCCAGGGCCCAGACCUCAGGGAGCCCCCCAGAAACCCUGAAGGGCUGGCUGGCUGGAGGUCAGGUGUGUUCUCCAGCCCUGAACCCUGGAAGCCCCUUGUGGAGUCUGCUGUCUCCUGGCUGAAGAGGAUCAAAGGCACGAGAGGCCUCGUUUAGCCUUCAAUGUACCCAAUAAAGGCUGAC